CCUCUCGUGUUCCUCUGCUGCACCCUAGUUUAAUCCAGCGAAUAACGGUUUUCGUCACUCAGCUAACCUUCCAGUUCUUUCUUUUGUGUUACUCUGAACUCUUCUUAACCUUCCGCGCUAUCUCUUUCCUCAUAUUUCAUACUAUCUUUGGCCCCUCACUUUUGUUCUCAGAGCGUAUAUCUUACGGAUGAAGGAAAAAAGGAGCUGUUUGAAGAAAAGUCUUAAGAAAAAGCGAAAAUAAGAGAAGGGCAGGUGAAAGCAAGCUGAAUCGAAUUUUCAAAAUAUGUUUUGAAAAUAAGAAGUGGUUUGACUCCUGAUUACAUUUUGAAGACAGAGCUUACAGCACCUGUUGCUACAUUAGAUUUAGUUGACCUCCUAACUUCACAAUGUCUGAAAUAGGAUUCAGCAAUCUCACUUGGGAUCAAGUUAAAAUACUUGAUAAAGUGUUAGAUGAAGUAAUUCCAAUUCAUGGAAAGGGGAAUUUCCCCACAUUGGAGGUAAAACCAAAAUAUAUAAUACGUGUUGUAAAAGAUCAACUGAUAGAAAAAGGAAUUGUUGUUAAAGAUACCCGGUUGAAUGGUUCCACAGCAAGUUACAUACUUGCAAGCCACAAAGGAAUCAGCUAUAAGGAUCUGGAUGUUAUUUUUGGUAUUGAACUGUCAAGUGAGGAAGAAUUUCAUGUUGUUAAAGAUGCAGUUCUAGGUUGUCUACUGGACUUUUUACCAAAAGGUGUAAAAAAGGACAAGAUCACCCUAAAGAUCAUGAAAGAUGCUUAUGUUCAGAAGAUGGUCAAAAUUUGCAAUAAGCAUGAUCGCUGGAGUCUCAUCUCUCUUUCAAAUAACACUGGGAAGAAUGUCGAGCUAAAAUUUGUGAAUUCGCUCAGACGACAAUUUGAAUUUAGUGUUGAUUCCUUUCAAAUUCUUUUGGAUCCUAUGUUAGACUUCUACAGUGACAAAAAUGCUAAGCUCACCCAAGAAUCCUAUCCUGUUGUGGUCGCUGAAAGCAUGUAUGGCAACUUCCAAGAAGCAAUGACCCAUUUGCAACACAAGCUUAUAUCUACCAGAAAACCUGAAGAGAUUAGAGGUGGUGGCCUUCUGAAGUACAUCAACUUGCUGGUUCGUGACUUUAAGCCAGCUCUUGAGGCAGAAAUCAAGAUCCUGGAACGUUAUAUGUGUUCUAGAUUCUUCAUUGAUUUUCCUGAUGUAGCAGAACAACAAAAGAAGAUUGACUCAUACCUCUGCAACCAUUUCAUAGGCGAAGAAAAGAGCAAAUAUGAGUACCUUAUGACCUUGCGUCGAGUUGUGGAUGAAAGCACAGUUUGCCUCAUGCAUAAUGAAAGAAGAGAGACUCUCAACAUGAUCACUUUUAUGGCUUUAAAAGUACUUGGAGAACAGAAUGUCCUACCCAGUACAGACAGUGUAACUUGCUUUUAUCAGCCUGCUCCAUACUAUACUUUUCAGGGAGGGUACCCUUAUUAUGUAACAUCUGGACCACCACCUAUUUUCUUUCAGCCAUACCACCCACUGCACUUUUAUAUGCCAAAUGGUAUGGUUUAAAAAACACACACACAACAGAAACUUUGCUUUAAUUGAACACCUCUUAAAAGCAAGUUUCCAAAUU